GGGAGGACGGAGCCGAUCCGGAUUGAGAUUCGGGAUGGGAGGGAGGGGAUUGGGUUGGAGAGUGAGCGGAAGCGGAAGGUUAGGGAGGCGGCGGAGGCGGCGGGGGAGAGGGCCAAGCGGGCCAAGGCCGAUGAGGGCGAGUACAGGGAGCGCAUGCGCAGGGAGCGCGAGGAGGCGAGGUGGGAGAGGCAGCUUGCGGCCGCGCAGAAAGUGGCCGAGCGGAUGGCGGCGGAGAGGGAGGAGGAGGACGCACAAAGGGAGAGUAGGGCGGCGGUGUCGCGCCCGUUGAAGGGUAUUCCGGUUUGUUGGCGGGGGUUGGUCAGGUCGCGCGAGGAGGCUGAGAGGGACCGCAGGAUGAGGUACGAUCUUGAGCAGGGGCUGGCGAGGCUGCCGACGUAUGAGGACGCCGAGGAGGAUGAGGACGACAAGAAGGCGCUUGGUAAGGCUGCGACGACGUAUGCCACGGCGGAAGACCUGGACGAGGAGGAUCCGGAGCUGGAGGAGUUCAAUGCCUUACCUGUGGAUGAGCGGUUACAUAAGAUGGUGGAGCACCUGCGUGACGAGUAUCGUUACUGCUUCUGGUGCAAGUUCACGUACCCCGACGAGGAGAUGGAGGGGUGUCCUGGGUUGACAGAGGAGGAUCAUGAUUAGGGUGUGGCUUUGGAUAAUAGGGGGUUGAGAUAUCUUGCGUUAUGCACGCCUUACAACAGUUCAGAUUCAUGUUGGAGAGAGAGUACAUAGUUCUGGUUCUCGCAGGUCAGGUAGAAACCCGCAUAGCCUUUACCUAGUCUGCACUGCCGUAUCCUUAAGUCAUUAAUGAACCAUGCCGCCGCCCCUUCUAAAAUAAACAAAAACGAAAACCCCCUACCGCUGCCUCAUCCUCCCACCCC